UUCCCAUUGAAAACCAUUUUUACCUUGAGUUUGGUGUGUUUGUUCCCAAGCUUGAUGGAUCAAACUGGAGGAAUGGCCAGAUCUCUCUACGAAGCAGCCAAAUCAGACAACGUGCAUGAGCUUAAUGAGUUUGGGGAUCUGCGAAAAGUUGCGAAUGCGGUAACGCCAGGGGGAAACACGGCGCUGCACAUUGCAGCCUAUGAUGGCUCUCUGCAAAUCCUUCAAAAUUUGCUUCAACGCUCACUUGCCGAUGAAGAGUAUGGGAUGACAUUUUUAAAAGCUAAAAAUAAGUUGGGAAACACAGCGUUGCACGAAGCGGCAUAUGGAGGAAAUGAGCAAGUCGUAAAUAUUUUAAUGACGGAUUGCCAAGAUUUGAAGAAUGAGAUCAACCUAGAAGGUGAAAGCGCUUUGUUUAAAGCUUGUGAGGGAGGUCAUGUCAAGAUCGUUCAAUUGUUGUGUCCUACGACAGAUAUGAGCAUGGAGUAUUACAAAAGAUCUGAUGGUCAAACACCUUUACAUCUUGCAGUCUCUAAAGUAAAUGCAGAUGUAAUUGGGGCGCUUUUACGCCACAAACCUGAACUUGCCACAGAAGUAGAUAAUUUUCACAGAACUCCGUUGCAUAUGGCUGCAUUGUUUCAAUUUCCUGUUGGGAUAAUUCCAUCCUUUUCAAGGGAUCGGGAGAAACUUCCCUUAAUUGGAGAGAUGCUUAUAAGAGAAAAUAAUUUUUCUUGUUACAAAGUUGACCUGAAAAAGCAGUCUGCACUUCACGUUGCAGUCAAAGAGGGGAACGCAGCUUUAGUGAAAGUCAUAUUAAAAUACAGCAGCGACUGUCUAGAAAUGGUAGACGAGGAUGGCAGAACUGCUUUGCAUCUGGCAGUGAAUUAUGCCCCUCAAAUAUUUGAGAGAGUUGGAGGAGAUAGGCUGAAAGCUAUAAUAUCCUCGGUAAUGUCAAAGAGACUGAUUAAUUGUAUUGAUAACAAAGGGCAAACGGCAUUCGAUAUCGCGCUACAGAAGGGGAAUGAAGACCGACGACUUUAUAGGAGUAUUAUAGGAUAUUUACAUAAUCAUGGUGCUUUUAAGAAGAUUAUUGAUGAGGACUCAAGCACCAUCCUAUCAAUUAAGGCCGAAACCUGGAAAUCAGAUAUCAUAUCUGUAAGUGCAGUCCUAAUUGCAACAGUUGCUUUUGCUGCAGCUUUUACUCUACCAGGAGGUAUUGAAACCAAAGGACAGGGCCCACCAGCCCCUAUAUUGAUUAACUCUAUUCUCUUCAAGGUGUUUGUGAUAUUUGACGCACUGGCCUUUUGUUAUUCUAUUGGUUCUGCGAUCCUGCUUAAUUUUGCAUGUUUUGCUAGCCAAGUAGAAGAUCCGGUCAUAUCUGAGAUCAGUUCGAAUGCGUUAUGGGUAGCACUGGUAUCAUUAUCAAUAACAUUUGGUGCAGCAAUACAUUUGGUGGUGGCAUCAAAGUGUCUGUGGUUGGCUGUGCUGGUGUGGGUAAUGGUGUGCCUUCUUCCUGUAUGGAUAAGGGCAAUGUCAAUAGCAGGAAAAGCACACUUGUUUCCACGUGACCGCUAUAUCUUAGCGGAAGGUAUCGGUCUUGUAUACUCCGUGUUUAUUUCCAUCGCUUGGGUAGCUUGGGUGGUAUUCUUCUUUGGUUUAAUUCAUCCUUCAUGGUGUUGGCUUCGAAAGAAGAUCUAUGGAAUCAAUCUUUGGAAGAAGCUGAAGAUGAAAUCAAAUCCAGGAUUUAACCAGAUAUGCAGUUAACAGUAUUUCGUACAGUGUAUCAUAUAUAUGGAUGAUUACAUAGUAGAUAUCUUCAAAAAGCUUUGAGCUAGUACAAGGUUCAUGUACUAAGAUCUAUUUCAAGAAUCCUAGUAUUAAUGUUUAUUGAGUGAGU